AUGAGGAGUGGCAGUUCGGAAUUACUACUCGAGCAGCAACAACAAGAGCUACGGUUACGUAAAAUCCGAGAACUGGCUCCAAAAAAGAAAAAUGGCAAUCGGCGCUUUCGCUCGUGGCGGGAACGUGCGCGUUUCUACGGCACCUCGACUCUGGCCUUCUUCUCGGUGACCGCCGGUGCUUCGCUGCUCUUCCUGGUGCCGCUCUACGUGGACCCGGCCAUCUCCACGCUGAGCCACGAUUUCAUCGAGAAUCCCACGCUCUGCACGACCACGCGUCGCGAGGAUCUGGUGGGCAUCUUCAACUGCUCCUGGAGCUCCUGCCGCGAGGGCUGCACCUCUGACCUCUACCGCUGCGUGCAUAUCUACGUGACGUUCAUCGAGCAGAACAUUACCAUUCCGGAGAACAUGACCGACUUUAGCAACUACACGGCCGACUGGGAGCAGUCCGGGGAGGCCACGCUGCUAGUGAACAUUAAGGGCUGCGGCUACCCGCCCACGGUCACGUGCAAGACCUUCAACGACUACUACGGCGCCGACGGCGCCAUCUAUCCGUGCUACUACUCGCGGAAGAACAAGACCGUAGUGCUCACGUCCUACAGUCACGACGAUCAGGUGGCCGUGAUCAUCAAUUUUUUCGCGGUGCCCUUUGUGAUAACGGUCAUCUCAUCCAUCGCCUUGUGCAUCAUGCACUGCGACUGCCGCUGCAAAAAGGACCGCAGCCAUCGACGCAAUCGUCCGCAGUGCCGAAGGCCGCGCAUUGAGAAUCUCAGCGACACUUCGAUAUCUACGCGAGUGGACAUGCUCACGCCUGCUAUUGAAGUCUACAAGCCGCCGCUCUGACAUAAGGACGACACUGUGGAGAGCAAUUUGGGGAAUCCAUCAACGAGUAGCGACUUCUAGCAGAGCCUAAUAGCGACACCCUGCGGAACCAGCUACGGAUAAUCUCUUUGUUCUUCCAACUCAGUGUCAAUCCCAAUCGAAAUCCGAACAGAGAAGAGUGGAGUGGAGUGGAGAGUCUCUGUGCAGACAGACACUAUCAGAGGUUUUUUAGGGGAAAACUAGCAGAACAGAAAUCAGAUGACACACACAGAAAUUCAUAAUUGAUCCAACUGAAUAAUUCCUAAGAUUGAUUAAAUUUAGUUACUUUUUAGCAUACGAGUAAAUGAUUUUUAAACCAAACAAAGCGAAGGAGAAACCACAUGGGAAAUGGAAAUGGAAAACAGAAAAAGCAAAGAAAAGAAAAGAAAGGAAUGGAAAACCUAGCUAUAAGCCACGGCAUGAGUGGAGUGGCAUAUUAUGUACACGAGUAUUUGUAUUGUAGCCGUAUAAAGGAUGCAAAUUAGGCAAUGUGUAAAUUUAGUUAAAAACCGAAAUCAUUAUGGAAACCAAAAGAAAAAAAUGCAAUGAAUAAUUUUUGUACCGCUGAAUGAGAAAAACAAAAACAAAAACGAAAACCAAAACCAGAAUAUAAAUAUAAAUAUAAGUGUACAAUUUUGCAUAGGUAACGAAUAAGUUUGUAAUGCAUUAGUAAUAACAGAAGAAAUACCACAACAAAAGCAACCAGAUCCACUAAAAAUGCAAAUGAAAAUUCGGAUGGGAAUGGAAAUUCGGCCAGCGGCAGACAGUUUAGGCUUCGGUUAAUUGCUCCACACAGAUCAGAUAUAGACACGCCAUGCCAUGCCACGCCUCAGUUACAUAUUAGGAUCCGCCCAUUCGUCCUAGACGAAUGCCACCCGCCCCCCGCCCCCACGCCCCCACGCCCGACCCGUUCACAAAGUGCCCCAAGUUGAGAGAGAUUUGGUCAAAUCGUUAUUCAGUUCGUUAUUGAUUUGGAGUCCCGUCUUUGUGAAAGGAAACGAAGGAAAAUGU